GCCCACGAAGACAUCCUUUGAGGACAUUGUGUGUAUCAUCCCACCCCCAAGGCCAGUCACAGGUAGAAAAAAGUAGAGAAGGCUUCUUAGAAAAGGUCAGAGUGGGCAGGCACAGACUGUUGUAAUGUUAGUCCUACUUACUGAUGUGACCCACGCUCACAUACACACACUGGACUUUGCCGUGAGGAAGAACUGCCAAUUCCUCUUUUGUUCCUUUAUUUUCCUAUUCUAUUUAUUCGUUCAAUUGAGUGGAGCAAUUAUGAGGAUCCAUAGAUUGGUAUGUUGAAAGAUUUACCAUAAUGGUGAAGGCAUUCAUUUAACAUAGAAGUCUGCUCAGAAGAAGCCGAUACAAGAAGGUCUGCACGACCAUAAGGACCAGGAUGAAUACAAAAAUAGUUUCCACAAGCCUGCUGACCCUUUUCAGCCUGUGUGGAAUAUCUACCAACUGUCCAUCUGUCUGUACCUGCAUUGGGAACCAAACAGACUGCAGUGACCUUAACCAACUGGCCUCCAUGGACUCAAUCCUGAACCAGCUUCCCUACAACACAACCUUCCUCACCCUCUCUACAAACAACUUCCCUGCCGUUGAACCUGGGACCUUUUCCAAUCUCAGCAGCCUUCUUCAUCUCGACCUCUCUAGAAACAUUCUCUCGACCCUUCACCCUUCAAGCUUCUCCCAGCUGAAUAAGCUGGACUUCCUGGAUCUCUCUGAAAACCUUCUGGUGGAGCUCCCUGUUAACCUGUUCUCUGAGCUCCGCAGCCUUACAGAACUGGUUCUAAGAGACAACAGGCUUAAGGAACUGAACCCAGGUCAGUUCAAAGGCCUGAUGGAGCUUAAGCGUUUGGACCUUUCCUCAAACAGUCUCUGCUGUCUGCCAAUGUAUCUACUAGAUGGGCUUCAGAACCUAGUGUGGCUCUCGCUAGUGGGCAACAAGCUGAGAACUCUGCAGCGGACUUCUCUUGAGCCGGCUACUGAUCUACAGCACAUUCUGCUGGAGGGAAACCCCUGGAACUGCAGCUGCAAACUCAUCCCACUCAAGCACUGGCUGGAAUGGACCUUGUAUAGAGGUGGCCAUGUGGAUUCCGUCAACUGCUCUUCCCCAACAAAUUUGUAUGGUAAAGAUCUUCGCAAUAUCCCUAUGGAGAUGUUCAGACACUGUUACCCUCUUUAUCUUGAGACCAGGAGCUCAUCUUUUGCUGAGGGUCACCCUGUAACAGCCGGGUCACCUGGGGACUGUAUACGCCAGCGCUACCGCCCUGUUAGCGUGCGUCGAGCGGCCGCCACAGUGGUGGUAGCUGGGGUGGUUUGUGGUGUGGUGUGUGUGUUAAUGGUGGUAACAGCCACCUACGGCUGUAUCUAUGCCAUGCUGGCUGCUCACGAACAGCAGCAGCUGAUGCAUGGCAACAGCCAGCAGCAGCAGCCAUUGAUAGUGGUGAAGGAACCAGAGCAGGAUGAAAAGGAAGAUCUGGUGGCAACUAUUGCAAAGGAAGAGGAAGCCCUGGAGUGUGCAGAGUGGAUGGCAUUUCCUCCAGAAGUGUCUGUUUAACAGACACAAGAACCUCUGGGAGCUUUAAUGGAACAUUCAGUUUAUCGAUGGUUCAACUUCAUCAGUCAUUGAUAAAGCCAUUUGAUGUACAUAGAUUUUUGGAUGUUUCAUUUUGGAGAAAGGGUAUAAGACCUAAUGACCCACUGUAGGCCAGGAGCAAUUAUAAUAUUUAUAUAAUACAUAAAAACAGACAGUUUGAGGUGCUCAAUUAGAGAGAUAUAAAACUACGUAAUACAAUUUCCACAGCAAAUUUUCAAAUAUGGUUUAUAUGUUCUAAUUAUAUAUAUUGAAUUCAAGUUAUCUUGUAUAUUUUCCUGCAAAUUACCAAAACAAAUCAACUCUAAAAACUCUAAAAAAAUUCCUGAUAUUUAAUCGUAGAAAACAUUCCCUGUCUUAGGUCAAUUAGGAUCACUGUUUUAUUUUAAGAAUGUGAAAUGUCAGAAUAAUAGUAGAGACAAUUUUGUAUUAGUAAAGAGAAGCUUUUAUUUCAUUCAUCACAUUCCCAGUGGGUCAGAAGAUUACAUACACCUUGUUAGUAUUUGGUUAUUUAGUAGUAUUGCUUUAAAUUGUUUAACUUGGGUCAAACAUUUUGGGUAACCUUCCAUAAGCUUCUCAUAAUAAUUUGCUGGAAUUUUGGCCCAUUCCUCCAGACAGAACUGGUGUAACUGAGUCAGGUUUGCAGGCCUCUUUUUCAGGAUUGAGGUCAGGGCUUUGUGAUGGCCACUCUAAUACCUUGACUUUGUUGUCCUUAAGCUUUGGAAGUAUGCCUGGGGUCAUUGUCCAUUUGGAAGACCCAUUUGCAACUGAGCUUUAACUUCCUGGCUAAUGUCUUGAGAUGUUGCUUCAAUAUAUCCACAUAAUUUUCCUUCCUCAUGAUGCCAUUUAUUUUGUGAAGUGCAGCAGUCCCUCCUGCAGCAAAGCACCCCCACAACAUGAUCCUGCCACCCCCAUGCUUCAUGGUUGGAAUAGUGUUCUUUGCCUUGCAAGCCUCACCCUUUCUCCUCCAAACAUAACGAUGGUCAUUAUGGCCAAACAGUUAAAUUUAGUUUCAUCAGACCAGAGGAUAUUUCUCUGAAAAGUAAGAUCUUUGUCCCCAUGUGAACUUGCAAUCUGUUGUCUGGCUUUUUUAUGGCAGUUUUGGAGCAGUGGCUUCUUCCUUGCUGCACAGCCUUUAAGGUUAUGUCGAUAUAGGACUUGUUUUACUGUGGAUAUAGAUACUUGUUUUCCUGUUUCCACCGGCAUCUUCACAAGGUACUUUGCUGUUGUUCUGGAAUUGAUUUGCACUUUUCACACCAAGCUAUGUUCAUUUCUAGGAGACAGAAUGCAUCUCCUUCCUGAGCGGUAUGAUGGCUGCAUGUUCCCAUGGUGUUUAUACUUGUGUACUAUUGUUUGUACAGAUGAACGUGGUACCUUCAUGCAUUUUGAAAUUGCUCCCAAGGAUAAACCAGACUUGUGGAGGUCCACAAUUUUUUUUUAUGAGGUCUUGGAUUUCUUUUGAUUUUCGCAUGAUGUCAAGCAAAGAGGCACAGAGUUUGAAGAUAGGCUUUAAAAUACAUCCACAGGUACACCUCUAAUAGGCAAUUAUCUUAUCAGAAGCUAAUUGGCUAAUUGCCUUAAGGCUUGACAUCAUUUUCUGGAAUUUUCCAAGCUGCUUAAAGGCACAGUUAACUUGGUGUAUGUAAGCCUCUGACCCACUGGAAUUGUGAUAUAGUCGAUUAAAAGUGAAACAAUCUGUCUGUAAACAUUUGUUGGAAAAAUGAUUGUGUCAUGCACAAAGUAGAUAUCCUAUACGACUUUCCAAAACUAUAGUUUGCUAAUAUGAAAUCUGUGGAGUUUAAACAGAGAGAUAAAAUCUGUUUUAGAAAAUAAAUUUUUA